CGUCUUCGUCGGCGGCAGUGCCAAAGCCGAUGGAGGGGCUGCACGAGCCGGGUCCACCGCCGUUUCUGAAGAAGAUAUUCGAGAUGGUGGAAGACCCGGAUACCGACAGGGUGGUGUCGUGGAGCGAGACCCGGGACAGCUUCACCGUGUGGGACGAGCAUGUCUUCGCACAAGACCUGCUCCCAAGGUAUUUCAAGAAUAGAAACUUCUCCAGCUUCAUUCGCCAGCUCAACACUUACGGUUUCAAGAAGAUUGAUACAGAUAACUGGAAGUUUGCAAACGAAGGAUUUCAAAGAGGGAAGAAGCAUUUGCUCAAGAGCAUCAAAAGAAGAAGUCGGUUAAACAAGCAGCAACAACAAGAAGGGGCGGUAGGUGUCAAUCCGAUGAAACCCUGGUUGGAGGAUGAACUCGAGAGUCUUAAGGAGGAUCAAAACGUAUUGAAAGUGGAAAUCCUGAACCUGAGACAGAAACAGGAGGACUCUCAGAAUCAGUUAGGUGCUGCUGAAAAUCGUAUUCGAGGUGCAGAGUGUAGGAUACAACAGAUGCUCUUUUUCCUCACCAAAGUAACCAAAGGCCCAAGCUUUGUUCAGCAAUUGAUCCAGAAGACAAAGCAGCAAAAGAGAGAGCUGGAUGGAGAAGAGUUUGUUAAGAGACGGAGAUUGCUAGCAUCCCAUGUGCGUGAAAAGGCCAUUGACAAAAUUCAUAGAAUUAAUUCCAGAAACCAAGUUCCGGGGGGCUUGGUGACAACUCUAUCUGGACUCUCUGAAAUCCUGGAAGAGGACGCUGUGGAUAUGGAUAUCCCAGCUUCCAUAGAUGUUGCAUUAUGCAGUCUUGAGGACCAGAAUAUCAAUGUGAUGUCUAGAAGAAGUAGCAGCCCAAAUAUCUCCUCUGUUUAUGAUGUCAUGUCAGAGAAACUACUGGAGGACAAUUUGAUUGUAGAUGAAGAGUUAGCUGUAAAUGACUCUAAAUUCUAUUCUGAAUUGGAGGAUUUGAUUGUCAAGCCAGGUGAUUGCGGUGGAGUUGCAGGUGGACUGGUGGAGCAAGCUGGUUGUGUUGGGGCGCUUCCUUGA